AUGGCCUUCAAUCGACCUAUGAGAAUUUGGCGCUUGGAUCCAGAACGUAUGCACCAUCCAGAGGAUCCUACGAUGUACGACAGGGCAAUUGAAGCAGCGGACACUCAAUUUCGCCAGACAGCCCACAAUCUCUUCUGCAACAAUUGCCACCACCACGUGGCGGAGGCCCUAAACCACAUGGCGUAUAAAGGACGGAGAAACUGGACUCAGUUUGACGUCUGGUGGCAGCUGGUGAUCCAUGGCAGUUUCUUGACGUAA